AUGGAGAGUGCCGUGACAGUAUCAAGGGCGUCUCUUCAGGACGAGGGGAAAGGGGAAGAAAUGCCUUCUACGGUUCCCCAUUUUGGGGAAGCACCAGAUGGUGGAGUUAGGGCAUGGCUCGUUGCAGUCGGAGGUUCUGCGAUAUUCUUCUGUUGCUUGGGCUUCUCAAACUCCUUUGGCGUCUUUACUGAAUACUAUCUCUCUCAUCAACUCAGCGGAGAGUCUCCUGAUAAAGUGGCAUGGAUUGGAUCACUAUCGGCAUUCCUCUUGUUUGCAACGGGAAUAAUGGGCGGGCCAUCCUUUGAUCUUCUGGGUGCAUGGGUAUCCUGGCCAUUUAACGAUUGCCUUGAUAAUUACUGGCAAAUGAUGCUUGUACAAGGUGUUCUUAUGGGUAUCGUUAUGGGGUUUCUGCAGUUCCCAGCUUUUGCAGCGGUCUCCCAGUUCUUUAAUAAGAAGCGUGCGGCUGCCUUGGGCGUCGUAGUGUCUGGCUCUUCAAUCGGCGGAAUCAUUAUACCCAUUGCUUUAUCAAAAAUGCUGAACAGUUCUACCUUGGGGUUUGGCUGGUCUGUGAGAAUCAUUGGGUUUCUCAUUAUGCCUUUUAUGCUCUUUGCAUGCCUUACUGUCAAGGCGCGUCUCCCGUCUCGAUCAUCUACCUUCUGGAUACCUGCAGCAUAUAAAGAGGUGAAGUUUAUCAUCUUGAUUGUAUCGUUAUUUUUUAUGUUUGUUGGCAUGUUCACCCCGCUCUUCUUCCUCCCAAUAUAUGCAGUGUCAAGGGGUAUGCAUCCUACACUUGCCGGUUAUCUGCUUGCCAUUACUAAUGCAUCCUCUACUUUCGGCCGCAUUAUCCCUGGUGUGCUAGCAGAUAAGUACGGGCGCUUGAAUAUUUUUUCUUUUGGAGGAGUUAUCACAGGCAUUGUUAUUUUUUGUAUGAACUCAGCCACAACUAACGCUGUAUUGAUCGGAUAUGCGAUUACUUUUGGGUUCGUGUCUGGUACAAUCAUCUCUGGGGCUUCUGCAGCGUUUUCUCUCUGCCCCAAGGAUCCCCGAGAUAUCGGAACAUACAUGGGGAUGGGGAUGUCCAUCAGCUCCCUUGGUGGUUUGAUCGGCCCGCCAGUCAAUGGAGCCUUCGUUAAUCGAUAUGGAGGUUUCUUUGAAGUAUCAAUGUUUAGCGGCUCCAUGUGCUUGUUUGGUGGUCUCAUUGCCUUUAUAAGCAAACAUUUCACUACUGAGGCGUUCUGGGGUGAUAAAGCGGAGUUGACGCGGGUUGCCACCGAAGUAAGUAUGGCCUGUCCCAGCCAUGAAAAGUUCUCCAAGGCAGACAGUGUUCCACGAGAAACUAUGCGUGUAAAUUUUCCGUUUGGCAACCGCGGGCUAUUACGCAAGGUCAUGAAAGAUGGCGUGGUCACGAAUAACGGAACGCCGUUUAAAAGGGGCUCUAUAAUUUCUUUCCUGGCGUUACCUGCACAGUUAGAUCCUGAAAAGUUCAACAGCCCCUUAAAGUUCGACCCUUUUCGAUUCUCCGGGAGAAUAAAGGCUUCUAAUGGGGACUCUAACCCUGUUGAACCUGUGGCUAACAAGUAG